GUCGCGGGGCUUUGCUGGGUUGGAACUGUCUGUCAUCACUCAGGAAAGAUGAAGAGCGCCGUGACCUGGAAUUUGGAAACAGUCCGGUGUUUGGAACCAGCCGGGCGGCUUUGUCUUUCUGGUUGCCAAGCCCGGGUUAACCACCGCUCUGUUAAUUCGAGGGGGAAGUGCUGCCAUUUUGUGGGGCGAUGCGGUAGCAGAGCGCAUGCGCGGCCGCCAUCUUAGCGGGUGAUGUGCAGCAGAGCGCAUGCGCGGCCCCCAUCUUACAGGGGUGAUGUGCAGUAGGGCGUAUGCGCAGCAAUGCUGGGACCGGAAGCAGGAAGAGAAAGUGCAGCAUAUUUCUCUUCUGGGCUGACAGUGAAAACCCUUUGGAAAGUCCUUUCAGUGGGGGGCCUUAGGAAAGGGAGGAUAUCCAAAGAGGAAUCCCAAAUGAAACAUCCCUUCGAGAUCUGCUAGAGUCACUCGAUUCACCAGGACCUGAAUAUCAUCCACCUGUGAAUGUGGAAGGAGAAAUGUUUUUCCUGUUUGCAGGCGUAUUAGAAGAGGAGGAUUUACAGGCGGGAACCUGAAACCACUUUUCAAGACCUGCCAGAGUCACUCAGUUCAUCAGGACCCGGAUGUCACCAACCUUUGAAUGUGGAAGAAGAAAUGUUUCUUUGUUCUGUCUGUGGGGAAAAGUGUUCGAACAUCAGUGUGACUGGAAAAGCACUGAGACACACGCAUACACCCGAGUGAGAGUGUUCCAGUGCACUGACUGUGGAAAGAGCUUUAACCAGUUACACAGCUGGAAAAAUCACCAAACCAUACCUGGCAGGGAGAAACCGCACGUGUUUCGUGUGGACAAGCUUCAACUGAUCAACCUGGACAGACACAUGGAGAAGCCGUGGAAAUGUGGGGACUGUGGGAAGAGUUUCAAAUACCCAUCCCUGCUGGAGACUCAUCGACGCACUCACACUGGGGAGAGGCCAUUCAUCUGCUCCAUGUGCGGGAAGGGAUUCACCCGGUCAUCCGACCUUCUGACGCACCAGCGAAUUCACACCGGGGAGAGGCCGUUCAUCUGCUCCGAGUGUGGGAGGGGAUUCAGUGAUUCGUCCAACCUGCUGAAGCACCAGCAAAUUCACACCGGGGCGAGGCCGUUCAUCUGCUACGAGUGUGGCAAGGGGUUCAGCCAGUCACCCCACCUGCUGACGCACCAGCGCGUUCACACCGGGGAGAGGCCGUUCACCUGCUCAGAGUGUGGGAAGGGCUUCACCCAGUCAUCCCACCUGCUGACGCACCAGCGGAUUCACACCGGGGAGAGGCCGUUCAUCUGCUCCGAGUGUGGGAAGGGAUUCUCUAGCAGGCGCGAGGUGCUGACCCACCAGCGAAUUCACACUGGCGAGAGGCCGUUCACCUGCUGCGAGUGUGGGAAGAGAUUUGUCCAUUCAAACAAUCUCCUGAGGCACCAGCGGGUUCACACCGGGGAGAGGCUGUUCAUCUGCUCCGAGUGUGGGAAGGGGUUCACUCAGUCAUCCCACCUGGUGAGACACCAGCAAGUUCACAACCGGGAGAAACUGUACGCGUGUUGUGGACGAGGCUUCAACGGAUCAUCCAACCUGGAGAGACACCAGGACACCCGCACCGUGGAGAAACCGUGGAAAUGUCCGGACUGUGGGAAGGGAUUCAGUUACCCCUCUGAGCUGGAAAUCCAUCAGCGCACUCACACUGGGGAAAGACCGUUUACUUGCUCUGUCUGUGGGAAGGGGUUCACUCAUUCCUCCCAUGUUGCGACACACCAACGUGUUCACUCCGAUAGCAAACCUUUUAACUGCUGUGACUGUGAGAAGCGCUUCAAAAGCAAAAAGGACUUGGUAACACACCAGUAUACUCACACCGGCGAGCGACCAUUCACUUGUUCUGUGUGUGGGAAGGGAUUCACACGUUCAUCCACCCUGGUGAAACACCAGCGAGUUCACACUGGGGAGAGGCCGUUCACCUGCUCUGUAUGUGGGAAAGGAUUUAGUAAUUCAUCGAACCUCCUGACACACCAGCAGGUUCACACGGGGGACAGGCCGUUUAUCUGUUCCAUAUGUGGGAAGGGGUUCACCCGGCUAUCCCACCUACAGACACAUCAGCGAGUUCACACUGGGGAGAAGCCAUUCACCUGCCCUGAGUGUGGGAAGGGAUUCACUCAGUCAUCCAACUUGCUAACGCACCAGCGAGUUCACAAGUGACUGCAAAGGAUCAUAUUCUGCUGUUAUUACUGCUGUUAGUUUUGGGGGGUUUGAGAUAUAAAACCUUUUUACUUAAAAUACCUAAGUUCUGAACUUUUAAUUUAUAACAGUGGAGUCCCCAGUUGUGCCUGACCUAACCAGGUAUAAAUAACUAAUAUUUAUAAAUCAAAUAGAAUUUAUUAAGCAAGAAGUUACAUAUAUUCAACAAAAGCAGUGAAGACAACAUGGAAGUUUCUUGUCCUUCAAAGCCCUAGGAUUCCUUGAUUGAUGCCAGGACAGGCGAAUCCUUUCUUCUUCUCUCUCUGAAAUAAUAUUGAACUGUGUCUCAGAAGAAUCAUGCCACAGAAGCAAUGGUACAAACUGUGCCAACAAAGGCUCUGAUUUUCCAACAUUUAUUCCUCAUUCUGACUGUCUCCCUUCCUUGUUAGAAAAUAGUCCAAGUUGACUUCUUUCAUUGCCUUAGGGAGAAGGUCAUCUGGUGUCACCCCAUCUCUGUAACUAGAGUCGUGAGACAAAUAUCCAUCUCUUAUUCCCUGGGCCCCCCACCCCAAGAGUUGCAUUCCAUUGUGAACAAAUGACGAAUCCUUGGAGAGACAGAGCAGUUGUACAAACAAUGUUAUCAAUUGUUUAUCAUAGUUUGUGUUAUUCAUAUAAACAUGCUACCUUAUUUUUCACUGGCACCAGGACAAUUAAGAGCAAUAAUUCCUACAAUAAUGUCAGGAAAGGAAUGUCUUUUUAAAAUGUAGGUGUUCUGUCCUACAGAUAUGGUUCAUUGAUUAAGGCAUCAGCAGACCUAUGUCUGAUUCAAAGACUUGAUGGUCCUUGUUUAAAGAUGAGUUGUCAUACAAAGUUCAAGCUGCUGAGUUGAAACCUUUUGCUUCUUUCUUUAAAGCUGACAAAGAAACCUUGAACUGCACAUAGUGUAACUAAAACGGACUAAACCCAGACUUUUUGGCAUCUUUAGGAUAACUAAGGCAAACUCCUAAAAUGUAAACCCGCAACCUCUACCAGCUAGAAGGACAAGGGCAGCAGACACAGAGUAACACCAUCCAGCUGCAACUUCCCUUCCAAGCUACUCACCAUCCUGACUUGGAAAUAUAUCGACCAUUCCUUCACUGGAACUCCCUUCCCAAUCGUGGGUGUACCUACACCACAUGGACUGCAGCGAUUCAAGAAAGCAGCUCACCACCUCUUAAGGGCAAUUAGGGCUGGGUUGGUCCAGCAAGCGACGCCUAUAUCCCAUGGACGAGUAAGAAAAAACUCUAAAAAUUAGUAGUAUUAUCAAAUCUUACACUGUUUUAAUUGCAUGUAAGACUGAACCAUGUGUAUUCUGAAGAUCAGAGUUUGUAUCUGAUGUUAAUCACUGCCCCCCCAACUGGGUUGGAGUUUAAUAAUCUGGAUAAAUGUGAAAUAAAUAAGCUAUGUUUUGAA